AGCCUGUGAAAAGGUGAUCUUAAAUGUACCUUCUAAACUAGAAGCAGACAAAAUGGUUGGGAGAGUUAAUUUGAAAGAAUGUAUCAGGUCUGCAGAUCUCAUCCAAUCAAGUGAUCCUGACUUCAGAGUUCUAGCUGAUGGGUCUGUGUUCACAGCCAGAGCAUUGGUGCUAUCUGAUGAGAAAAGAUCAUUCACCAUACGGCUUUCUGAUAGGAAGACACAAAUAAAGAAAGAGAUGAUUGUGCUCCUAGAACACCAGAAGAAGUUACUAAAGAAAAGACACACUAGAGAGACUAUUCUCAGGAGAGCCAAGAGGAGAUGGGCACCUAUUCCUUGUUCAAUGCAAGAGAAUUCUUUGGGUCCCUUCCCUUUGUUUCUUCAACAAGUUCUAUCUGAUGCAGCACAGAACUACACCGUCUUUUAUUCAAUAAGUGGACGUGGAGUUGACCAAGAACCUUUGAAUCUAUUUUACAUAGAGAGAGACACUGGAAAUCUGUAUUGUACUCAGCCUGUGGAUCGUGAGGAAUAUGAUGUUUUUGAUUUGAUUGCAUAUGCGUCCACUGCCGAUGGCUAUUCAGCAGAUUUACCUCUUCCACUGCCCAUCAAAGUGGAGGAUGAAAAUGACAAUCAUCCUGUUUUUACAGAAACCAUUUAUAAUUUUCAAGUUCCAGAAAGUAGUAGACUUGGGACUACAGUGGGAGUGGUCUGUGCCACAGACAGAGAUGAACCAGAUACGAUGCACACGCGCCUGAAGUACAGCAUUCUGGAGCAGAGGCCUAGAUCCCCUGGGCUCUUUUCUGUGCAUCCCAGCACAGGUGUUAUCACCACAGUCUCUCAUCACAUGGACAGAGAGGCUGUAGACAAGUAUACAUUGAUAAUGAAAGUCCAAGACAUGGAUGGUCAAUUUUUUGGAUUGAUCAGUACGUCAACCUGCAUUGUAACAGUCACAGAUUCAAAUGACAAUGUGCCCACUUUCAGGCAAAAUGCUUAUGAAACAUCAGUAGAUGAAAAUGCAUACAAUGUGGAAAUCUUACGAAUACCUAUAGACGAUAAGGAUUUAAUGAAUACUGAAAAUUGGAGGGCCAAUUUCACCAUUUUGAAAGGAAAUGAAAAUGGACACUUCAAAAUCACUACAGACAAGGGGACAAAUGAAGGCAUUCUCUGUGUUGUAAAGCCACUGAAUUAUGAAGAAAACCGUCAAGUGAUCCUUGAGAUUGGAGUAAACAAUGAAGCUCCAUUGACUAGAGAUGUAAUCAGAGUGACAUCCAUGAACAGGGCCUUGGUUACAGUUCUCGUGAGGGACCAGGAUGAGGGCCCUGAGUGCAUCCCUGCAUCCCAGUAUGUACGGAUUAAAGAAAACUCAGCAGUAGGCUCAAAGAUGAAUGGCUAUAAGGCAUACGACCCUGAAAAUAAAAACAGCAAUGGCUUAAGAUACAAAAAGUUGCAGGAUCCUAAAGAUUGGAUCAGCAUUGAUGAAAUUUCAGGGUCAAUCAUAGUUUCUAAAACUUUGGACCGAGAGGCUGCAACUCCCAGAAAUGACUUAUAUAACAUCACAGUCCUGGCAAUAGACAAAGAGGGUAGAUCAUGCACAGGAACACUUGCAGUCAAUAUUGAAGAUGUGAAUGAUAAUGCGCCAGAAAUACUUCAGGAUUACCUUGUAAUUUGCAAGCCAAAGAUGGGGUAUAUGGAUAUUUCUGCUGUUGAUCCUGAUGAACCGAUACAUGGAGCUCCAUUCCAGUUCAACUUGGGAAACACUUCCCGAGAAGUCCAUAGACUAUGGACCCUCAACAAAGUUAAUGAUACAGCUGCCCGUCUGUCAUAUCAAAAAAACGCUGCAUUUCAGGAGUAUGCAAUUCCUGUGACUGUGAAAGAUCGAGCAGGCAAGUCUGCAACCAAGAUCUUGAGAGUUAACCUGUGUGACUGCACACACCCAAGCCAUUGUGUCUCCACCGCAAGAAGUUCAGGCAUCGCCCUGGGGAAGUGGGCCAUCCUUGCCAUACUGCUGGGCAUAGCUCUACUCUUCUCUGUACUGCUAACUUUAGUAUGUGGAGUUGUUAGUGCCAGCAAAGGGAAAAAAUUUCCUGAAGACUUAGCACAGCAAAACUUAAUUAUAUCAAACACAGAAGCACCUGGAGAUGAUAGAGUGUGUUCUGCCAAUGGCUUCACAACCCACACUGCUAACAACUCUAGCCAAGGCCUUUGUGGCACAAUGGGGUCGGGGAUAAGAAAUGGCGGACAGGAAACCAUUGAAAUGAUGAAAGGACACCAGACCCUGGACUCCUGCCGCGGGGUCGGCCAUCACCACACCCUGGAUUCCUACAGGGCAGGGCACCUGGACUCGGACAACUGCAGAUACACCUACUCGGAGUGGCACAACUUCACUCAGCCUAGACUCGGUGAAGAAUCGAUUAGAGGACACACUGGUUAAAAUUAAACAUAAAAGAAGUUGCACGUAUGUAAUCAGAAUGAAGGCCACGUGUCAUCGCAGGACUAUGUCCUCAGCUAUAACUACGAAGGCAGAGGGUCACCAGCUGGUUCUGUGGGAUGCUGUAGUGAAAAACAGG